CAUGGUAAUGCGAGCACUUCGGGUCUACAUGCCUAUCGCUGCGCUAGGAUUUUAAUUCUCGUAGUCAAACAUAGAUCGUUGAUGAACACGUACAUAGUAUGCAUGUAGUAUGUUGUGCAGAAAAAGGGCACACUAUGCAAUCCGUCUCACUGUGUUUUCCAGAGUGCAUCGUCAGCGUCGGGAAAUUUCUUGAUGAAACCUCCAUUUUCUCGCGAUUCUGCACCAAGCAGGUUCGUCAGGUUGGCACACAUCCCAAACGUUCGCCGCAAUACUACUAUCCUUGGCAAGUUUCUGUCUUCGCGUGGAACCCCGUAUUACUCCCAGUAGUAUUAUUCAUCCUCGGAGUCAUUCCAGUUCUCCUCGACUGUAUUCGCCUCCGGCCCCUGAGGCGUGCUCUUGCUCAGUAUUUCGUGAGGAUGUCGGGUACCUUAUUGACUGCAGCGUACCACUCCGAUCACGCCAUUCGUAUGUCCGUAUCGAUCGUCGGUGGAUGCACGAAUACGACAGGGCGGUGAACCGGUGCUUGGCCAGCUCAGCCGCGAAGGUGAAAACC